AAGGAGGGAGUUAUAAAAGAGUGAAAAUUAGUUUGUCUUGGCUCAACUGUCUUGUAUGCUUAUUAUACUGCUGCAAUGACGGACUCCUCAAAGACACUACUUUGGCUUUAUUAACUGUCUUUCCUACUCUUUACCGUCCCAUUCUUUUGUCUACAUUUUUUUAUUUUCUCUUUUGAUGAUAGACUACUUCUCUUCUCUCUCAAUACAUCUUCUUUUCUCCAAUGGCGCAAAUUCAGAAGGAAAAAUAUGUACGUGCCAGAGAUGACCCUUAUUUCGAUGGAAUGCGAAGAGGUGAGACAGCAGUUAUCAACAAAAGAAGUGGUUUAGACAUCCCUAGAAAAGUCACUAGGAAUGACAUAACGAGGUCAGCCUCUGAUGUUGGGAGCCGAGGAAAGAAAAAGACUAGUGUGAGAUUAUCUGAAAAUGAUGUUUAUAAUGAUAGACGUUCUCCUAAUUCAGCUUCGAAAAGGAUACAUGAACCUCUUGGUCGGUCAUUAUCUGUGAGGUGGUCAGCAGCAUCCGAAUUGAAUUCCUCUCCAGUGGGAAGUCCUCGGUCUGGUUUGAAGGUUGAUCUGCAUGAUGUAGACGAGUCUCCAGUGCAGUCUAGUCCAAAAUCAUCUGAAGCAAAGGGAGAGUACCACUCACCUGGUGGCUUGGCUUUGACUGCCUAUGAAAGAUCUUACAGUGUGACCAAGAAAAGUAGAGCUAUAUCCGACAUUCCACUCCCUCCAUCUGCAGCAUUGUUCUACUGUGGAAAUUCACUGCAGAUGGAAGUCCUUGGGUCAUGUCAAGGAAUUCAAAGGCUGAAUAUGUUUCUAAAGGCAAGAAGAGAUGAUGUUAGUGCAGGAGUACCGUCAAGAUUCUUGCAUGCGGUGAUUGGACCGAACUGCUGCGAUGUUGGAUCUGUUGCUUCAACCAUAAUGUAUGCUUUUUACUUGAAUGAAACAUUACAUGAUGACCAUUUAUGCACUGUACCUGUCAUCAACAUGAAAAGGUCGGAUGUUGAUUCUCAUGCUGAGCUCAGAUGGCUACUAGAUUCUUGCUUUAUUGAUCAAUCUUCCUUAAUUUUCGUUGAUGAGAUUGACCUGUCCUAUUAUGAACUAUAUGGGAGUCUUAAACUUGUUUUAGUCAAUUGUAGCAAGCUUCCAGCUAACCAAGAGGCAUUAAAGGAUGCAGUGGUUGAAAUUUUCAAUUGCAGAGAGGAAGAUACACAUUAUUCUUCAAGUGCUGCUGUCACUGUUGGGAAGGAGGCAUCAUGCUGCGCACUUAUUGCUCACAAGUUUGUACUAUAUUCACCAGAGAUACUGGCGGAUCAAGGUUUCAGUCGACUUCUGCUGGCAGGUAUACUCGUGGAUACUGGAAAUUUGAAAAACCCACAGACUACAACAAAGGAUAAGUACACGACCACCUUGUUGAUAAAUGGAGCAGGUCGAUUUGGAUGUAACGGUCUUUAUGAAAUUUUGAGAUACAAAAUGCAUGAUGCAGCUGACCCUAGAGCAGGAGAAGUUUUUCGAAAAGAUAGUAAAAGAUUGCUAAAAUCGGAUGCAGCUCAUGAUCCCACAAUGGGAGAAGUUUUACAAAAAGAUAUUAAAAAAUUGUCAAAAUCGGAUGCAGCUGACCCCAUAGUAGGAGAAGUUUUACAAAAAGAUGUUAAAAAAUUGGCAAAAUCGGAUGCAGCUGAACCCGUAGUAGGAGAUGUUUUAAAGGAGGAAGUCAAGAAAUUGUCAAAACCAGAUGAAGCUGAUCAAGGAGCGGAGGAAGUUUUGCAAAAAGAUGUCAAAAAAUUGUCAAAGUUUGAUACAGCUGAGCGUAAACUGGGAAAACUUUUACAAAAAGAUGAUAUAAAUUUGUCAAAAUCGGAUGUAGCCGACCCCAGAGCAGGAGAAGUUUUAUGGAAAGAUAUUAAAAGAUUGUCAAAAUCGGGGAAACCUGCUGGUGCAGGAUCAAGAAUGGGGAAUUCAAAUAUUGGAAUGAGUUCAGUCGGAAUACCUAUAAGAGAGCUCUUAACACAUCACUCUACUUCAGCUGAAUACAUAAGAAGUUUCCAGCAACAGGAGAAAUUUCGCAUCCUCUUGAUUGUUUCAGGGUAUUAUGAUGUGGAGAAGAACUUCAAGAGGGAGAUUCUAGUCUCAGCUGAAUCUGUCGAGCUUAUGAAAAGCCUGCUCCAUUUUAUCUCCUCCUACACGAAUGUGCUUCCACUCAAAGCUUUGCGCCAAUCAGGUCUAGCUGCUGAGAUGAGGGUGUUCGAGAUAGAAAAAAUUGUAUCAAGAAAAACGAUUGAGAAACUUCUGGAAGAAUUCAAUGAGAUAGCGGAAUAAUAUAAAGUUUAAAAGGUCAUUCCACAUUUUGUUGUUGUACUAAGAAUAUGCAUACUACCUCAUGCUCCAGUAAGAGCCAACAGUAUGCAUGCAUGCAUUACUUUUGUAGUUGCAAAGAAACUCUAUAUCUGCUAGUUACUAUAAGAUGUCCAGUUCUCUCCCAAACAUAGCAUGUAUUGUGGUAGCUUUCAUGCCACAUACAUGGAGAUAAUUAUUUUAUUUUUU